CUGUCAAAAUUUAAUCCAGUAAUAGACGAUUUGAUAAUGAAAAACACUCGACAAUCGCUCGUUCUUCACUGUUCAUAUCAUUACGUACAUUGAAUCACUUUCAGACCAAUGCUGACCAUGUUUUAAUGAAAUAUCUGCACGAAUUUCAACCAUUGCUACUGUUCUGUCUCUAUGUUCGUGUCUUCUCUAGGAUCAAUUCUUUGAGCUAUUCUGGGAUCUGAGUUUUUGAGUUGUUUUUUCUUUCUCAAUCUCAAGAUCCCAAUUCUAGCAAUGAGUACUUCGUUAUUCUAUCUGUUUUUUGUUCUAUCUUUCGUGGGAAUCUCCCAUGGAUCUUAUAUUUCUGAGCAAGAAAGAGAUAGGAUAACCCAAUUGCCAGGGCAGCCAAAGAAUGUGGACUUUGCCCAGUAUUCUGGUUAUGUUACUGUAGAUAAACCAGCUGGGAGGGCAUUGUUUUAUUGGCUGACCGAGACGCCAACGAGCCGUGUACCGAAGUCGAGACCUCUUGUAUUGUGGUUGAAUGGUGGCCCUGGUUGCUCUUCUGUUGCUUAUGGAGCAGCUGAAGAAAUUGGUCCUUUCCGGAUUAAGCCAGAUGGGAGGACUCUGUACUUGAAUCCAUAUGCUUGGAACAAUUUGGCAAAUUUGCUGUUCCUUGAAUCCCCUGCUGGUGUUGGCUUUUCGUACUCGAAUACUACCUCGGAUUUGUACACUGCAGGUGACCGGAAAACAGCUGAAGAUGCAUAUAGAUUUUUAGUGAAUUGGUUUGAAAGGUUUCCUCAGUAUAAGCACAGAGAUUUCUACAUUGCUGGAGAGAGUUAUGCAGGUCACUAUGUUCCUCAGCUAUCACAGUUGAUUUAUGAACGAAAUAAGGGAGUUCAGAAUCCAGUCAUAAACUUCAAGGGAUUUAUGGUAGGGAAUGCUGUUACUGACGACUAUCACGAUUACGUUGGCACGUUUGAGUACUGGUGGACUCACGGUCUGAUAUCCGAUUCUACAUACCGACUGCUGCGACAUGCCUGUGAUUUCGGAUCCUCUCAGCACCCGUCAGUCGAAUGCAAGAAAGCUCUAUCAGUUGCAGAGUUUGAGCAAGGAAAUAUCGAUCCAUAUAGCAUUUACACUCGUCCGUGCAACGGUACUGCAUCGUUGAGACAUAACCUAAGGGGUCACUAUCCAUGGAUGUCGAGAGCCUACGAUCCGUGUACCGAGAGGUACUCUGUCGUGUACUUUAAUCACCCCGAUGUUCAGAAGGCAUUCCAUGCUAAUGUAACUGGGAUAACUUAUCCAUGGAGUACAUGCAGCGAUCUUGUGGGAAGCUACUGGGAUGAUUCUCCUCUCUCCAUGCUUCCAAUAUAUCAAGAAUUGAUUGGUGCUGGUAUCAGAAUUUGGGUAUUCAGCGGAGACACCGAUUCAGUGGUUCCCGUGACAGCAACGCGAUAUUCUAUCGACGCUUUAAAACUCCCAACUCUAAGCAACUGGUAUCCUUGGUACGACCAUGGAAAGGUAGGUGGAUGGUGCCAAAUAUACAAAGGGCUGACGUUCGUUACCGUGGCUGGAGCGGGCCAUGAGGUUCCGCUCCACCGUCCUCGUGAAGCUUUCAUUCUUUUCCGAUCAUUCUUGGAGAACAAGCCCCUUCCACGUUGAAGACGAUUGUAAUCAUAUUUACAUCUAAAGAAGAAUAGGACAGUUUAUGUACAGAAGAUCUCGGGAAAAGAUCGAUCGGGAAGCAUUCAUCUCGAGUGCCGUUAUUCUUAGCGUCAAAUAUCAUCAUUCUUUAUAUUCUGAUUUGUCUUAUGAAGAAAAAGUUCAGCUAAUGUAUUGCCAUUCAGCAGACAAUGGAACAUCAUUUGAUUUGUUUGUGGAAUAACAAAGUCUCACUUUCAGAGCUUUUGCCA